UCCGAUUAGCAAAACGCAACGAAAAACUAAAAUCCCAUCCAAAUUUAAAUCGUGGCCGUUCGCUUGUUCUUAGUUUGUUACUUCACACCAAGAAGGUAGUGCUUUCAACUCGUUCUGCGCGAACCUCAUUUCUACAACUUACUGCAACGUGCUAGUAAAACCGAACCGAAGAAGUUAAAGCUACGAGCCAAGCCGAGGAAAACAACUUAAACCCUGUGCGUGAGCGUGUUACGAGAAAGUGGAACAGUGCUAGAAUAUGUGAAUACCAGUUAUCCGAGAUCACCAAAAUAUUUUGAUAGUUCCCAAGAAAUAUUUCGAGUGUGAUAGCGGCGCAAGGCUCCUCAGAAGGAGGCGCUCCAAAACGAAUCAACUGCAGGACCGAAUCAAAUCGAAUUGAUUCGAUUAACAGCUGGCUGACACAUGCACCUGUGUGUGUGAGGGGCGCGCGUGUGCGUGUUCGCGAGUGUCCGUGUGCCAGUGUGCCAGUGUGCCAGAGUGUCUCUCAGUGUUGGUGGCGAAAAUUGAAACGCCCGCUGGACAAAGUCAAGCGCUAGAUGGCGCUGUCGCUGCCGCCUGUGACCAGUGUUGUUGUUGCUGUUGUCGGCGUGCCUCACAUUGUUGUUGCUGGAGCUGCAGCUAAUAAAACGCGGAAGGGCAAAUUAUAACCGCCCACGGCCCACCGCCCCACGACACAGCAUAUCGCAGACCACCCGUCCCAGUGGGAUAAAUAAAUUUCAAUUGUUAACACAACAAAAUCAACGCCGCGCAGAAGAAAGAUAGAAUAAAGUGAAGUGAAGACGAAAAGUAAGUAGUAAUCAAGCGCUUCGCGUUACCCGUCGGCGGUCGGUUCAAAUUGCGUCGCGCCGCGCCGCGAUCGUCGCUAGUCCUCGGAUCGGAUCGGAACGGAACCUUAUAGUACGGGCGGUUACGGAUCACUCGGAUCAGUUGGCAGUCGGUGGCACCUGACAACGCAGCGCUAACCGCUAUUAUGCAUCGGCGUCGUCGGUUGGCCAGUGCAGAAAUCGGAUUCGAAUUGGCGGGCGAGCAGCAGCAGCAGCUAAAACAUCUGACAGAACUCAAUUGAUCAGGCUGAGCACAGAGUAGACUCUUAAUAACCCAUAGUUUUACCGACUUACCGCACCGAAGGUAGAGCAUAACUUUUUCGUGACCCAAAUAAUCCAAGAGUCGUCAGCAAUCCUGGAUUAUUUGCUGAAGACUUUGCGCACGCUGAAAUCCAAUUCGAUUAUGGCCGAGAAUCAAAGUGCGGCCAGCGAAGAUUCCGGUCACCAACAGCAACAUCAGCAGCAACAGCAACACCAGCAGCAUCAGCAACCACUAGCCACCACAUCAGUCUCCGCCGCCUCAGCCACAUCGGCGUUAGCUAACCAGUCGCCCGCUAACUCGCAGGCCUCAUCCCCUGAAAAUUCUCAGGAAGCACUGCCCUUGGUGCGACGCCAGCCUUCAGUAGCAGCAGCAGCAGCCACAGUAGCAGCCGCAGCCGCAACAGUUGCAGCCACCAGUAGCAACACUUCGCAGCAGCAACGCAGCAGCAUCAGCAGCAUGUUUGAUCGCACGGUGAAUGCCAAGUUCAAGCCGACGGCCUCCAAUGCCGGUCCCGGCAACAACCCGAACCGCAGGAACUCCAUGCUGACGCCUGCCCGAGGGGUCAGUGUGGGCGGCACUGGCGGCAACAUACGCAAGCUGACCAAGGUCAACUCGCUGACCAGCAAUCAUCACUACUCGGUGUGCUAUCCCCCCAGCAACAUCUAUCAGAAUAGCAACAAUUCCGGCAGCAACUCGCCUUUGCAGCGCACCACCAGCGAGAGUCUGCGCUUGAACUCGCUGAGCCGCGUGGCAGCCGCGUCAGCCACAUCGGUGUCCAGGGCCAGUAGCAACAGCAGCCUGGCCGCGUCCACCUCCACAUCGCUGGCCCCCAAGUCCAGCAGCAGCAGUGGCGGCAGCAACUCUACCCCGCAGCAGCAACAGCCGCCGGUGAGCAGUAGCAACAGCAGCAGCAGCACCGGCACCAGCACCAACAACAGCUUCACCAAGGCCAGUUCGCCCAACAACAAUGGAGCACGUUCGGUGGGCGGAGCAACUGCAACUGCACCUGCAGCUGGCAGUCAUCACCACCAGCCACAUCACCACCAUCAUCACCAUCACCACCACCAGCAUCACAACCACCAGCAGCAGCAGCAACAGACUAGCCUCAGCCAAGGACACGCCUCGUUGACCGUCGCCUCUGGAUCAGCUGGGGGUGGUGGUGGUGGAGGCUCCUCGGGCAAUGCUGGCGGGGCCACCAAUCGCAAACCAAAGACGACUUCCUCAUUCGAGAUCACCUCGGUGACGGUGGGCCAUCCCAAGCUGAAUGCUGCCGGCGACACUGGAGACGAGUCGGCCGACGAUCUGGACGAAUCUCACACGGAUGACAACAGUCGGAUAACGGACCUCGAGAACGAGACGCCCUCGAUGUCGGAGGACACGUUCUCCAAGGAAGAGGUGUACUAUGCCAACAAUGCCCUCAGCACGAAUGCGCCGGUGAUACCGACUAGCUCGCAAUACGGCCUCGUGGUGGUGGAUCCCAUUGGUCCGUCGCUGGGCCAGACGAUCCAGAACGUCCAGGUGAACGUGUCGGAUAACAUUAUCAAUGUGGUGAGUGGUGCCGUCACACCGGGCGGCACCAAGAAGAAGGACGACAUCAAGGAGACGCAGCAUCGCAGCGAACGGUUCAAGGUGGUCAAAAUUGAGUCCACGGAGCCGUUCAAACGCGGUCGCUGGAUGUGCAUGGACUACCUGGACCACUCGAGUGUGGGAAAUGGUGGCAAUAACAACGAAAAGACUGGCUCUUCUACUUCCGAUGCGCACGCAGCCACGGCGGACGGCGCUGCAGGUGUGGCCGGUGGGUCAGAGGCCCUGCCCCACAAGACCACCCAGAGUAUGAUUCUGCCGCCCACCCAGAAGCUGAACGAGAAUCACCUGGAGGCCAACUCGACCGAUGCCAAUUGGAACUAUGCCGAGCAGCAGCAGCAGCAGCAGCUGUCGCAGCAGCCGCCGCAGUCCCAGCAGCAAUCCUCGCAGCAGCACCAACAACAGGCUCAGCUAGGUGCCACGCCCAGUGGGGUGAUGACGGCCCCUGCCACAGUGGUGCACGGCAUGCAACAGUUGCACAUGGAGGCCCAGCAGCAGCAGCAACAGCAGCAGCUCUUCGACAGCGUCAAUGCCAAUGCCAGCUCACCCAGUGACUCCGUCAACAUGGACUAUGCUAGAUCGGCGGCCCUGCAGUUGCAUCAAACGUUGAAGCAGCUCAAGCAGCGCGAAGACGCCAUGGAUGUGCCGCCAGGGGGCUACCCAAAUUUCCAGAACGGCGGAGAUGUUGCUGGUGGGGCGGCCAACAACAACAACAGCGGAGGAGCAGCGGCUGCGGAGUCGCAGCUGAGCACCAGCUAUGUGGAGCAACAGCAACAGCAGCCGCUGUCGCCAACACCACUAACGCCCCAGGCCGCGCCCACAUUCGCAGCUGUUGCUGCCGGGCAGUCGCCCAACUUCCAAUUGGAGCAACAGCAACAGCAGCAACAGCAACAGCAACAAGCAACAUCGCAGAUAGACGGGAUAGCCCCACAGCCGUUUAACCAACAACAGCAGCACCAGACCCCGCAGCAAUCAGCACCCCAGCAAGCAGCAACAGCACCUUCUGCCGUUGCUGCAGCACCACCACAAAACACUUCAAACACUUCCAAUGCAGCCGUAACCACUGGCCAGGGCCAGACCUUACCGCUGCUAUCACACAUGACCAGCUACGAGCAGCAGCAGCCCAAUUUAGGGGCAGCUGCCCCAGGAGCAGCGGCAGCAACAUCGGUGGCCGCCCAGCCAGCAAUUCCCACGCUGCAGUUGCAGAGUGCUCCCGCAACAAUUGCCGAUCCACAGCAAUUGAUGGUGCCACAGCAACAACAACAACAACAACAACAACAACAGGAGGAGCAACAGCAGCAGCAGCAGCAGCAGCUGACACAGCAGCAACAGCAACAGAUUCCGCCAGCAAAUAUCGCGAGUGCUAGUGCCAAUAAUAGUAGCCUAAACCUAACGAAUACGAAUGUUGUGGCCACCGCCGAGGCAACGACAAACGCGCUGACCUUGACCGAUGAACAGGCGACCGCGGCAGCAACCACUGCAGUUGCAACCGGAGCUGCGGCAGCAACAGGAGCCACGUCGGCAGCAACGCAGCAGCAAAUCCAACAGCUACAACAGCAACCAAAUGCAGAAUCCGAGACUGAAAGCUCCAGAGCCGCUUCGCUGAUCCCCGGUGGGAUGGGAGGUCGGAAGCGGGCCUUCAGCAACCCGCACAUAGGAGGGCCCCACGACCCGACCUUCGUGCACCGACUGAACCCCCAGCUGUACUACUACAACAGGUCGCAGUCGGGGCGGAGCUCCUUCUGCGUGGACGAGUCCCUGUGGCCCACGAGCAACCCGAGCGGCGCGGCCAGCGACACCCAUCUGUGCCUGGGCUCGAGCGCCGAGGAGGACUACGAGGAGGCCAUAGACCAGUUCUCGCCCACGAUGUACACCCGGUCGGCGAGUCGGGCGAUUCCGAUCCCAAGUAGUGCCGGGAGCAGUCCGCAGCACCACCCGCACUCGCAGCCCAGGACCGCAUCGGGGAUGGCCCUGGCGGCAGGAGGAGGAGGUGGCCCCGCAGCCACAGGGGCUUUCAGCGCCAGUCCCUCCAUAUACGCCUACCCCCACUCGCCGUUCUACGCCAGUUCGCCGGACACCUCGCUCUCCUCGCCGCUCCAGGCGGCCGGAGCGCCAGGACAGCACCCGCACCCCGGCUCGCGCACCUCCUUCAGCUACGACCCUGCCUUCCAGCGCCUGCAAGUGCCGCUCCUGGCCGGCGACCGGAGACCGCGGUCCCCGCUGGAGUGCGCCACCGUGUUCGCCGCCGUGGCCGCGGCAGCCACCUGCGGUGGCGCGGGCGGUGGUGCUGGCGGGGCAGCUGGUGCGGCGGACUCCACGAUCAGCAGUGCAUCUGGAACAAGUGCAGUUGCGAUUGAUAACAAAAUCGAACAGGCAAUGGAUCUGGUCAAGUCGCAUCUCAUGAUAGCGGUGCGCGAGGAGGUGGAAGUGCUGAAGGAGCGCAUCUCCGAGCUGAUGGACAAGAUCAACAAGCUGGAGCUGGAGAACAACAUUCUCAAGUCGAACAUCCCGCAGGAGACGCUGCAGCAGCUGCAGAUGCAGCUCCAGAUCGCCGCCCCCCCGGCCACGCCCGCCAUCCAGGCGGCGCCGGCGGUGCAGAGUGCCGUCGCCUCGGCUGCCGCGGGUCAGGCAGUUCAGGCCGGUCAGCAGCAGGCCGCUGGAGCGGUGGCGGUGGCGGUCGCGGUGGCGGGCGUGGCCACCAGCCCCGCCUCCGCGGUGGUCCCCACGAUCAUUCCCAACGGCAGCGCCGAGAACGGCGGCAGUGCAGUCGAGCUGUCAGCGGCAGCGGCGGAGCAGCAGCAGGUGGCGUCGGCAGCGGCUGGAGCGGCAACCACGACCAACGGCCCCAUGUCCUAAGCCGCGGGGCCGAGACACAGUGUUUGUUUUUAAGCGCCCACGCUCCGGCAUGUGGGGAAAAUGAACGUUUUAGGAAUGAAAACCGUAUGUGCUCAGCCUGGUCUCCUUCCUAGCCGGAGGAGACGGGCCGAGCAGAGCAGCGAAAGUAUUAGGUCACUAACAACAACAACAGCGGCGGCGGAGUCGCCACCAUGUUAAGCUCGUGGUGGCGGCAACCUGCGGUUAGGCACUGUUAUGUUGUUGCUGGCUGUUAGGACGCUGCUGCAGCCGCCGUUUUGUUAAUUUCUCGAUUGUGAUAUUUGUUUAGCACACACAUGCAGACCACACACAUGUACACACACAUCCACAUAGGCACACAGCCACACACCCACACACCCACACACAGAUAGACUGCACGCUAACAGCGACUGCGGCUGGCGCUGUUACCGUCCUCUGUUAGCAAGAAGCGAGUAUAGGAGUUCUUUAACAUCGCGCUGCUGCGCCUCCACUUUUUGUUUAAUAAUUUUAUUUUUGUUUACCCGUUUGUUUUCCACGUUGUUAACGCUACGAAUAAAAACCGAAAAUCAUAAACAAACACGCCCAGAACAACACAACCACUCACUGGACUGGCCGCAAACCAUACUUGAGGAAAGUAGAGUUUUCGGCCAGCGGAGAGAAAUAGCAGGAGGAGAAUUCAGAUCGAUAAAGUGUAAUAGAGUGCCAGGGAAAACAUGCAGAAGACAGAGGGGACAGAAGGGAAAUUAAUUGAAAAAUAUGUGAUAAUUUGCAUUGUGCAGUCAGAGACAUAAGAUGUAAAUUGUAAAAACAAAUCGAACCAGAGAAGCGCAGGACAAGAAAGUAGGAUUCAAAUUUCCAAACAUAUUCAGCAUUGAUGAUAAUACAAAUACAAUUUAACGAAUCAAGAAAGGACAGCUGCUAUUUUUAUAAUUUACUUUAAUUCGUAAUUUUACUGUAUAAAAAGAACACAGCAAAUAUUAACUACACCGUAAAUAUAAAUAUGUUUCAAAUUAAACAAAGCGAUAACAAAGCUCGUAGAAAAUUGUAGUAAUUCUAGCAUAUUCUCAAGCUAUACUAAUAAAGAUGGUACAGCUUCUCAAAACAACAUAGAGAACAUCAACCAAACAAAACGAAAGCUUAUCAAAAUUGUUUGUUGAACUCCUGAACUAUCAGCAAGUCGAAGAACCCAAAUGUAUCUGUAAAUAUUGUGUAAAACUAAAAACAAAAACUGAGAACAAACUUCUAAAGUCACGAUGUUGAAGAUGCAAUGCAAAAAAUAUGAAAACAAGCAACAUAGACGAAAAGCUAAAAUUGUAAGAUGAAGAAAAAGUCGUCCUAUUUUUGUUGUAAUUACUUAGUCAAUAAUUUGCAUUAACCUUAGUUUGAAAAUUCCUCGGUGUUUAUAUGAAAUCUGUUAUAGGAUUUUCUCCACAUUAUCUUUUUUGUCCCUUCCCGCACUCUACGACCGACUAACCAAAGGGAUGAACCAUGAAAAGAAGCUGAACUGCUGCAGCCAAGUGAUGGACGUGUGAAUUACCAAGGGGGCAGAGCUCUUGAGAGGUCCCUCGCCUCCGGAGUGGUCCCUGUCCGAAGUUGGCCGCCCCGUAGACGCCAAGUUUUGCAAUGCCCAGAGCACUCACUCACUUGGUGGCAGGGCAUAGGAUCCUGCCCCAAAGACAGAAUGCCACACACAAUGCGGCCUGCGGAGACUCAAAUUGUCUAAGGCUAGCGUGGAUUAAAAGAGAAAAGCGAAUGUCCCUCGUCGAUGAGGACCAUCCAAAAUGAUCGAAGAACAAAUGUGAAGUAAAACCAAAAAUAAUACUCCAACUUAAGUGCCCAAAACUAGCAGUCUACGGAGCGAAACCCAACGGAAGGACUUAUUAGACAGACGGACGGACGGACAGACAAUUGCCAUCCCCCUGUCUCACAUUAAUUCUGUUGAAAGUAUUCCCCCUUAUGAUUUUCUUAUUCAAUUCAAAGAACCAUCAUCAUGCGUUUCAUGUUUAGGUUUUCUCCUAUGAGUUUUACGACUUAAGCCUCUUUUAAGCUAACUAUUAAUUUAUUAAUUAGUUUGUAAGCGCAAAAAUAAUUAAAAUAAAUCUAAACAAAAUAACUGCAACCAACCUAUAUUAAAAUAAAGGAAAAAAUAAAAUUAUAUUGAAAACCAAAAUAA